AUGCCAAUAAUUUGCAUUCUUCUUACCGUUGCACUUCACCGGAAGUGGCAAAUCCUACAGUUAGACGUCUCAAACGCAUUUUUGCACGGAGAUCUCUCGGAAGACAUUUAUAUGCGUCAACCGAUUGGCUUUGUGGAUCCUAAAGCACCAAAAUCCUUAGGGAACAUCUCACUGUUCUUGGGAAUUCAAGUAGUAAGUCAGCCAACCAGACUCUUCCUCACGCAGCAGCAUUAUGCGGAACAAAUCAUCCAAGAGUCUGGCCUGGCGGACUGCAAUCCCUCUCCAACCCCUUUUCCUCCAAAGGCUAACCGUCCCAGCUCACCAUCGGAACCUUUCUCCGAACCGACACUAUACCGACGCCUUGCCUGGUCUUUACAAUAUCUUUCAAUUACCCGACCGGAUAUAGCUUUUGCGACCAAUCAAAUAUGUCAACACAUGCAUCAGCCGACCGUUCAAGAUUUCCAAUCCUUAAAGAGGCUACUUCGGUAUAUAAAAGGUACAAUCUCAUUCAGUCUUCCAUUGACAACCGGCGAAUUAACAUUGCAGACAUACACGGAUGUCGACUGGGCAUCGGAUUCCUCCGAUCGCAAAUCAAUUUCGGGAUUCUAUACAUUUCUAGGACCAAAUCUUGUCUCUUGGUCGGUCAAAAAGCAAGUGACGGUCGCGAAGUCGUCCACAGAAGCCGAAUACAGGUCUCUCUCGGCAGCUACAUAG